GACCCACUGAGACCAGAGUGGAGAUUCUCACCUCCCGGAAGAAGCCCCAGGUGGCCCCAGGGCUCUUGGCAGGUAGUGCUGGGACCUGACCCGAGAAAUGGCCGUGGGCGCCCCGGGCAUCCUGGACCUCCUGUGCCGAAUGCAGAAAGAGCAGCUCCUGAACCUUAAGUCCAAAUCGCUGAGCCUCGGCCAACCUGCCGGCCACCUCCUGCAAGUGGGGGUCCUGCUGGCCCUGGGCCAGGACACGGAGGCCAGGAUCGCCCUGGAGGCCCUGCGAGAGGACCGGACAGCCCUGGCCGUGGCCACGGCCUGGGUCAACGGGAAGGACAUCCCAGCCCCAGAGGACGAGGUGGAUGUCCAGUUGGCCAUGGCAUCCAUCUACCGGCUGCUGGCAGAGGAGCAUCUGUGCAGAAAGGCUGGGCAGGAUUCCUUCCAGGCCUGGAAUACGGUCAGGGGUAAGGCCCAAUUUGCAUACGAUCCCAGUUUCAACCCCGAGGAACCUGGGGGCUUUGUACCGCUAAAGUCAGAUGUGGGCGGUUCCCAGGUCCUCCUCUUAAGGGAGAGAAGCUCCCCCCGGAGUAUUCCGGGUUGUCGGCCAGGGAGGACACCCGACGCAUCCCCCCGGACCCUGCGUUCCUUGGGCACCCCCGCCUCCUUCAGUGGCAGCCUGGAGAUCAGCCAGUCACCCACCGUGCCCUUCUUCUCCACGCCACCCCAGCGGGCGCCCCCCCGGCAGCCCAGCAAGUUGUGUGACGGCCCCAUGGCCAGCUCGAACCGGGUCCCCGAGGAUGGGGCCCUGCUUGAGCCGGAGACGAACUGGCCGCCUGAAGGUCCCCUGCCCGCUAAGCCGAGCCUUCCAGGCCCCCGGUGCCCAGCUGUGGAGAGGAGGCAGCCGGCCCCCAGCACCAGGGCUGCGGGGGACCUCGAGCUCCCGGAGGAGGACCUCCCGGCCCCGAGCCGGGACCCGCUUGCCUCAACCCCCGGCCCUGUCGGAUCAUCUCCCCUUUCUCCUCCCGCGUCGCUCCCACCCUCAUCUCCCAGCGCACCCGAUCCUUCCCCCUUGCUUCCACCCUCGCCUUCUGGCCCACUCCCCUCCGUGGACCCUCGCCCCUCCAGCCUCCCCGGGGACGGAGAGCGGCGCUUCUUCAGCUUCGUGGUCCUCCACGCCCCUGGCGACGAGGCCGUCGCCCUGCGGGUGCAGGCCAAGCUAGAGCGGUUGGGGGUGCCCGACGGAGCCACCUUCUGCGAGGACUUCCUCCAGCCCGGGAAGCUGGAGCUGAGCUGCCUGCAGGAGGCCAUCGACCACUCGGCCUUCACCGUCCUGCUGCUAACUGACAACUACAACUGCCGGCAGAGCCUGUUCCAGGUGCACACGGCCCUGCACCAUUCCAUCUGCCGCCGGGACAAGCGGGAUUCAGUGGUGCCUUUCCUGCCCAGGGAGAGCCAGCGCCGGGGAUCUGAGGUCCAGGCCCUGUUAUCGGGCCUGGUGCCCCUGGAUGAGCGUUCACCGGUCUUCCAGCGGAAGGUGACCCGCACCUUCACGGCGCAGAGGCUACGAGAGCAGAGGGAGAUCUGGAGCCAGGAGCAGGCCAUCCGGGUCCUCCAGGAGAGGAGCUUCCGGCUGGAAGAAGAGCGGAGGCGGGAGGCCCAGAGGCGGGAGGCCAAGGCCGGGUACCUCCGCCAGUGCUUGCUGCGGGAACAGGUGGCUGGCAUGAGCCUGGAGCCCCAGUCAAACCCUGGCCUGGCUGCCUCAGCCACCCCGGCCACCCCACCUGGGCAUCCUCCGUCCCAGACGCUUGUCCCCCAGCAGCUGGGGGCCCCUCAGCCCCUCAUCAUCCACAAUGCCCAGAUGGUGCAGCUCGGCCUCCACAACUACAUGUGGGGGCGUGGGGGCCCCAGGGAGGAGGGACCUCAGGGGGGCCUGGCCGAGGAGUGGGGGGAGGGGGAUGAAUCUGCCGAAUGCCCCACUAGACCCUCUCGGGACUUGGUCUAG